AUGAGCGUGCCCAACAUCCUAAUCACUGCGAUUAGGAGUGCUGUGUCUUCACUGCGUGCCAUUGCCAACUCGCUUGAGGCUGCAUUGAACGGUGCCGAGGCCGUAAGCUCUGCCUGUGCUGGCCCCCGGGCCCCUGAUCCUGGUCUGUCUGUGGACUCUGACUUGGAAUCUGUUCCUUGGGCUUCUGUCGGUGUCUCUUCUGGCCUCUCGGCUUCUCGGAUCUCCAGUCACGACGAAGUUGCUCAACUUCUCACUUCUGCUCCUCCUGCUUGCCACCAAAUCUGUGCAGUCGAGAUGAUGGACCCUGCGCCAGUGCUGUCUCUUGCAGAGGUGAAAACUUUGGAUCAAGGUCCUGCUCCUCUUUAUGUGCUCCUCCUUCCAGAAGUGUCCGAUCCUUCUUCAGGAGUCGUUCUUCCAGAGGUUCAGGUGUUGGCUAUUCCCAUACUCUCCAGACAAGACGGUCUGUUGCUGGCCAUCCCAUCGGAUUCAUUCCCUCCAGAGGUGAUAUAUCCAGUAGAGCCUCCCCAACCUCGAGCCUUGAUAGGUCCUGCAAAGGAGGUUUUUGUGCUGGCCGCAUCCGACGACGAUGCUGGUUUGGAGAAGGCCUUGGACUACCAAAUAGCAUGCCUCUUGGUGGACUUCGACACUGCCGUGUUGCCCAGGUUGAGGGGAUUAGACCCUGUGACAGAAGGACCAGGGAUCCAUUGUUUCUCAGAAGGCACUAUAGAGAUAUAUCCUUCAUCCUCGGAGCUUUUGACAGCAGCCUACACAUGGUUCCAGGAGGAGCAAGAAGGAAGAGUAGCUUUUUACUCGGCAGCAGAGGAUUCUCCCCCCCAACAGGCUCCCACAGUCGCGAAGGCAACCCAAGCCAAAGCCAAGCAGAAGCAUCCUCCCCCAAAGAGGAUUACAACAGCUACCCUUUCUCAGCAGCUUGCCACUCUGACGGAGACAAUCCCGGCCCUGUCUACCUCUCUUGCGGCUAUGCAGCGCAGGCAGGAUCAGAUGGAGCAGUCCAUGGCUCAGCAUCCCAUUCAGCCUCCCGCACCACAACGUCAGGAGUUUGGAUUUGUGACUCCAGGUGCCAAGCAGCCCCUACCGAGCCCUUCUCAGUUCCUUCGCCAGGUGGGACCCCCACCAAAAGUUCGGAUGCCCCAGCGUUCCAGACAACAGGAACAGAUGCCAGAAGACGAGCCCACUGCGCCCUUGGAGGAGAUGGACCUGUCUUUGGAGGAGGAGGGCCAGCAGGCUUCCAUAGCUCAGAUGUUGCUCAAGCAACAGAUGGCUCUGAACACCUUAGUGUCCCACAUCGCCAGUCAGGAUGGGCUUCAAGACUUGGGAGGAUCUGCAUCAGCAUCUUCGACCAUCUCUCUGAAGGGGUCCGCCCGCAGAGAUCGCUUGCUUGCCGAUCUAGCUGCUCGGAAGAGCAACUUUUUCUUGAAGGUGGCCCAGAAUGCUCAUCGACGCUUGAAGCCUGCAGAGAUGGUUCCGGCUACAUUGGCGGACUUUCCCCAAAAGGCCUUGUUCACCAAGUACCUGGAAAAGCAGGGGGGCUACACCGGCUAUCAGAGGGACCUGGGUCUGACUAUGUGGUUGCUGGGCCAUGUGGCAGACCAAUUUCUCAUGGAGGAUUUCAAGAGUGCCCAGGAGAUGUUAGCUCUUGCAAUGGUGGCCAUCGAGCAGAGUGCGAUGGACAAUGGGAAAUGGGAGGUGGCAUGGAUCCUAGCUUUGCAGGAAGAUCCACCCCAACAGCUCUUUGCCCACAGACCCCAGGCCACAAAUCCGAGGCUGAGGGCCUUCGGGCCUUUGUGCCCAGCAGACUGGGGGGCCACUGCUCUGGCCUACAUAAAGGAGCUGGAUCUUCUCAGCAGUCGACGUGCCGAGGCUCUCCCCAAGAAGCAAGGAGGAGGAAAGGCGGAGGACGAUGCUGGAGAUCCAGCCAAAAGACCAAAGCAGCCCAGGUAUCCGAGAAAGCCCAAAGCCCAAGGAGGGCAAAGCCAAGCAGAAAGCACAUGA